AGUGUGUGAUCGUGGCCUGGGUCUAUGGUGCUGACCGUUACAUGGACGACAUCGCUGGUAUGAUCGGGUAUCGUCCGUUCUUCUGGGUCAAGUGGUGCUGGUUGUUUGUGACUCCAUGUGUGUGUAUGAGCAUUUUCCUGUUUCAUCUGAUCACCUACAAACGUCUGACGUACAACAACGUGUACGUGUAUCCGUGGUGGGGCGAGGUGAUCGGCUGGUUACUGGCGCUGUCGUCCAUGCUCUGUAUUCCCCUCACUUUCAUCUACAAACUCUUCAGAGCCAAAGGCUCCUUCGCUGAGCGCUGGUCUUACCUGACCACACCAGUGUGGGGCGCUCAUCACCUGGAGUACAUGGCCACGCCCCUGACGCCAGGCAUCGACCAAUUGCAGAGCUCCAUCUCCAGCCGCCUCGCCCACAACAUGUCGCCGCCAUGACCUCGACCUACAGUCGACCGGUCAUCACCAUGGAGAUGAGAACAACAACAAAACCGAUCAAUGAAGCAGCUGAUCAAUGACCAAUGAUCUCACACUUACACACAGUUUAGGCCGACGCCCACAGACUGUUCUUCUGUCAUGUGAUCAGAGUGAAAAAGAUGUCACUUCAAAUCAGUCUGAUGAUGAAUGUUGAUCCAAUUUUAUCUGAUCUGAUUGAACCUGAUCUAAUCUAAUCUAAUCUAAUCUAAUCUAAUCUAAUCUAAUCUAAUCUAAUUUAAUUUAAUUUAAUUUAAUUUAAUUUAAUUUAAUUUAAUUUAAUUCUUCAUCCUCUCAUUAACGUGUGAUAUUGUGAAUUAUGCGUAUGACGACGUGCAGAUGAGCAAAAGUCUGGAGUCAGUGUUGGAUCAGAAAAACUUUAAAUCUUCAUAUUCUAAUGUAAAUGUUACACAAACAUAACCGGGAAGACAACAUACAAUAGUUACAGCCUGGUAGCAAUGUGAAAAAAGACCACUAGGGGUCUCCAUGUGUGAACGUAUGAGCGUAUUCAUGUUCACAUAAACAGAUGUUCACUGAUCCUUACUAAAUGCUCACUAAUGUUAAACUAAUGUUCACUAAUGUGUAAAAUUGUGUAUUUUAUGCCACUUCAUAGAUUAACCUAAUUUUUGUUGCUGAAAGUGAACUUUGACCUUUGAUUACUCCAAAAAUAGACGAAUCCGGCGAGCCAGCGGUGGCUAGGGUUAGCACGUCGUCUGUCACUCUCUGCUGUGCUGCUCUGUUCUGCACUGUGGUCACGGUCACUUCUCCAAACCUGUGCCUGCUGCAGAGGUCUGGAUAUUAAUUCAAAUAUUUGGCCUACUUAGUAGCAAAUUAGGAUUUUAAAAGUAACUCAGCAGAUGACAAUGUAAUGUAAAAUUACAAACUUAAGGGAAACACUCCCAAAAGUACUCGUACAAUGAAUUACAGUAAUGUGAGUAGCUGAACUACUUGAUGUUUACAUUGUGGUCAUUAGGUUGUGCUAGUUAGAGCAACUUAGGUCAAUACAUCAGUGAACAUUGCUGAACAUCAGUGACAUUAGUGAAUAUUGGUGAACAUUAGUGAACAUCAGUGAACAUUAGUUAACAUCACACAUACGGAGAGAGAGAGGGAAGGAAGAAACAAGGUUAAUGACACAUAAUAAAGUCAUAUUCAUACCCUGAGUGUGAGAGAGUGAAUGUGCGUGCACCACAGAAACAUCCCCCAGCAGUCUAGGUCUUUAGCAGCAUAACUAAGAGAUGGUCCAGGUUUC